AUGGCGAGCAUUCUGAGUUACGUGGACCUCAGCCAGCCUACAUUCUGGAUAUCCGCAGCCUCCAUCAUCUUCAACCCCACCUUUUGGAACCUUGCAGCACGAUCCGAGUAUAGAAACAAAACCAUAACAAAACUCGCCGGCGGUAACCCACGGUAUGGCUGCUAUGCGCUUGCCGUCACGAUCUUCUCAAUCGGUCUGAUCCGGGACGCACUCUACGAAAGAGCCCUUCGAGCCCAACCCUCACAUCCCGCCCUCGAGGGCUUCCUCUCUCAAGGCUUCGCAGUCGGUUUGGUCGCUAGUGGGAAUGUUCUGGUCCUGAGCAGUAUGUGGGCACUCGGCGUGACGGGAACGUAUUUGGGAGAUUACUUUGGGAUUCUCAUGGACCAUAUUGUGACGGAAUUCCCUUUUAAUGUCACACGAAGUCCUAUGUACUACGGAAGCACGCUGAGUUUUGUGGGCACGGCGCUGUGGUAUGGAAAGCCUGCGGGUCUGGCGCUGAGUGGGCUGGUACUUUUCGUGUAUCAGAUUGCGUUGGCUUUUGAGGAUCCUUUCACCGCGGAGAUUUAUGCGAAGAGAGACAGAGAACAGAAGCCGGGAAAGAAGUCGAAGUAA